UCCCGGUGUGACCGCGGUGAGGGGUGGUGUCCCGGCGGCGGGAGAUUCAAAACUGGCAGGAGAGGGAACAUGGAGCCGUGUUCGGCAAGCCGGGCUCGGACAGCCUAUGAACGCCUCACAGCUGAGGAGAUGGAUGAGCAGAGGCGACAAAAUGUUGCCUAUCAGUACCUGUGCCGGCUGGAGGAAGCCAAGCGCUGGAUGGAGGUGUGCUUGAAGGAGGAGCUUCCUUCCCCAGUAGAGCUGGAGGAGAGCCUCCGGAAUGGAGUGCUACUGGCCAAGCUGGGCCACUGUUUUGCACCCUCUGUGGUCCCCCUGAAGAAGAUCUAUGACAUGGGACAGCUGCAGUACCAGGCAACUGGCUUGCAUUUCCGUCACACAGACAACAUCAACUUUUGGCUUUCUGCAGUAGCCCACAUCGGUCUGCCUUCGAUUUUCCUCCCAGAAACCACGGACAUCUAUGACAAAAAGAAUAUGCCUCGGGUGAUCUAUUGCAUUCAUGCUCUCAGUCUCUUCCUCUUCCGGCUGGGAUUGGCCCCUCAGAUCCGUGACCUGUAUGGGAAAGUGAAGUUCACAGCCGAGGAACUCAGCAACAUUGCCUCUGAACUGGCCAAAUAUGGCCUCCAGUUACCAGCCUUCAGCAAGAUCGGAGGCAUCUUGGCCAAUGAGUUUUCAGCUGAUGAGGCGGCAGUCCAUGCAGCCGUUCUUGCCAUCAACGAUGCGGUGGAGCGAGGGGUGGUGGAGGACACUCUGGCUGCCUUGCAGAAUCCUAAUGCUCUUCUGGGGAAUCUUCGGGAACCUUUGGCAGCUGUCUACCAAGAGCUGCUGGCCUUAGCCAAGAUGGAGAAGGCUGCCAAUGCCAGGAACCACGAUGAUGGUCAAGAACAGGACAUCUAUGAGUCCUGCCUCACCCAGGCAGAGAUCCAGGGCCACAUCAACCUUGCCAACGUCCAGGGGGCUCUAGAAGUUGUUGAUGAUGCUCUGGAGAGACAGAGCCCCGGGGCCUUGCUUGAGGCCCUUCAAGACCCUGUCCUGGCCCUGCAAGGGGUGAGAAGAGACGUGGCUGGCUGGUACCUGGAACAGCUGAGUUCAGACAGAGAGCAGAAGUCACAGGAGCUAGGCUUCAUGAAGCUUCUAGAAAAGGAGGAGAUCCAGGCCGGGGUGGCUGCAGCCAAUGAGAAGAGCGACCAAGAGCAAGCCAUGCUCCAGGCUGUGUGGAGAAUCAACAGAGCCAUCCAGAGGGAAGUGGCCACUGACACUGUGAAGGAGCUCAUGUGCCCUGAAGCCCAACUACCCCAAGUGUACCCCUUCGCCUCUGCUGUGUACCAGCAGGAGCUGUCUGUGCUUCAGAAGCAGCAGCAGAGGGAGCUGAGCCAGGAAGAGCUCUUUGUGGCUGUGGAGAUGCUGUCAGCUGUGGUUCUCAUUAACCGUGCUCUGGAAGCGAGGGAUGCCUGUGCCUUCUGGGACAAUCUGGUGAACCCUGCUACGGGCUUGGCCCAGGUAGAAGAAGAAAAUGCUCAACGUUACUUUGAUGCCCUGGUAAAGGUGCAACGGCUUCAAGGAAUGGAUAGAGCCUUCCUGAGCUGGAAUGACCUACAGGCUGCCGUGUGCCAGGUCAAUGCACAGGUCCAGGAAGAAACAGAUCAGGUCCUCGCCAUCAGCCUCAUCAAUGAGGCUCUGGACCAGGGCUAUCCUGAAAAGACUUUGUCUGCCCUGCUGCUUCCAGCGGCUGGCCUGGAAGAUGUCAGCCUUCAUGUUGCUCCUCGGUAUCAUCUCCUCCUAGUGGCAGCCAAGAGGAAGAAAGCCAAGGUGACAGGAGAUCCUGGGGCUGUACUGUGGCUGGAAGAGAUCCGCCAGGGAGUGGCCAGAGCCAAUGAGGACACAGACACAGCUCAGAAAAUAGCCCUUGGUGUGGCUGCCAUCAAUCAGGCCAUCAAGGAGGGCAAGGCAGCCCAGACAGAGCGGGUGUUAAGGAACCCCAAUGUGGCUCUUCGAGGGAUAGUUCCUGACUGUGCUGACAGCUACCAGCAGGCCCUGGAAGGAACAGCAGCAAGGAAGCGACGUCCUGGGGAUACAGCCGCCUUCUGGGUUCAACAUGACAUGAAGGAUGGUACGGCCUACUACUUCCAUCUGCAGACCUUCCAGGGCACUUGGGAGCAUCCUCCCAGCUGCCACCUCAAUACCGCCCAUCUGACCUGGGAGGAGAUCCAGUCAGUCAUCACCAAGGUCACCUCAGCUCAUGACCGCCAACUGCUCUGGAAAGCCAAUGUUGGCCUUGUCGUCCAGCUUCAGGCCCGCCUCCGUGGCUUCCUUGUUCGCCAGAAGUUUGCUGAGUGUUCCCACUUUAUCAGGACCUUGCUCCCAGCCGUCAUCAAGAUUCAGGCUCAUUGGCGGGGUUAUAGACAACGGAAGAUUUACCAGGAGCGGCUGCAGUAUUUUAAAGCAAACCUGGAUGCUAUAAUCAAGAUCCAGGCCUGGGCCCGGAUGUGGGCAGCCCGGAGGCAGUACCUCAGGCGCCUACGAUACUUCCAGAAGAAUGUUGACUCCGUUGUGAAGAUCCAAGCAUUUUUCCGAGCCAGGAAAGCCCGUGAUGACUACAGGAUGUUAGUGCACGCUCGCCACCCUCCCCUCUGUGUGGUGCGCAAGUUUGUUCACCUCUUAAACCAGAGUCAGGAGGACUUCUCAGCUGAGGCGGAGCUGCUGAAGCUCCAGGAAGAAGUCGUCAGGAAGAUCCGGUCUAAUCAGCAGCUGGAGCAGGACCUCAACCUCAUGGACAUCAAGAUCGGCCUGCUGGUGAAGAACCGAAUCACCCUACAGGAAGUCGUGUCACACUGCAAGAAGCUGACCAAGAAGAAUAAGGAGCAGCUGUCAGACAUGAUGGUCCUGGACAAACAGAAGGGGUUAAAGUCACUGAGCAGAGAGAAACGGCAGAAGCUAGAAGCUUACCAGCACCUCUUCUACUUGCUGCAGACUCAGCCCAUCUAUUUGGCCAAGCUGAUCUUUCAAAUGCCUCAGAACAGAACCACCAAGUUCAUGGAGGCUGUGAUUUUCAGCCUCUACAACUAUGCUUCCAACCGCCGGGAAGCCUACCUUCUGCUCCAGCUGUUCAAGACGGCACUCCAGGAGGAAAUCAAGUCAAAGGUGGAACAGCCCCAGGAUGUGGUGACAGGCAACCCAACAGUGGUGAGGCUGGUGGUGAGGUUCUACCGCAAUGGGCGGGGACAGAGCGCUCUACAGGAGAUCCUGGGCAAAGUUGUCCAGGAGGUGCUGGAAGACAGGUCAGUCAGCAUCCACACAGAUCCUGUCCACAUCUACAAGAGCUGGAUCAACCAGGUGGAGGCCCAGACCGGGCAGCGCAGCUGUCUCCCUUAUGACGUCACCCCUGAGCAGGCUUUGAGCCACUCUGAAGUCCAGAGGCGAUUAGACAUCUCCCUACGCAAUCUCCUCGCCAUGACUGAUAAAUUCUUUGUCGCCAUCAAUUCAUCUGUGGAUCACAUCCCGUAUGGGAUGAGAUAUAUGGCCAAAGUCCUUCAGACAACCCUGGAGAAGAAGUUCCCUGGUGCCUCAGAGAGUGAAAUCUAUAAGGUGGUUGGGAACCUCCUGUACUACCGCUUCCUGAACCCAGCUGUGGUAGCUCCUGAUGCCUUCGACAUUGUGUCCAUGGCAGCAGGCAGCACCAUGGCCACCCCACAGCGCCAUGCACUAGGGGCUCUGGCUCAACUCCUACAGCAUGCUGCUGCUGGCAAGAUCUUCUCCGGCGAGAGCCAGCACCUUCAAGUCCUGAAUAGCUACCUGGAGGACAUGCAUCUCAAAUUCAGGAAGUUCAUCUACAGAGCCUGCCAGGUACCAGAGCCAGAGGAGCGCUUUGCCAUAGAUGAGUACUCAGAUAUGGUAGCUGUGGCCAAACCAAUGGUGUACAUCACUGUAGGCGAGCUGAUCAGCACGCACAGGCUCUUGUUGGAACACCAAGACCAACUGGCCCCGGAUCACCAAGACCCCCUGCACCAGCUCCUAGAGGACCUAGGAGAGCCACCCACCAUCGCUGACCUCAUCGGUGAGAACGUAGCCACAGAUGGGCAAGUGGAUCUGAGCAGACUCGAAGUGUCCCUGACACUCACCAACAAGUUGGAAGGGCUGGAGUCCGAUACUGACGACACCAGCAACCAAAGCCUGCUUCUGAGUACCAAACAGAUGCUGGCUGACCUCAUCCAGUUCCACCCUGGGGAUUCUCUCGAGGAGAUCCUGUCCUUCUCAGCUCCCAGAGAGCAGGAAGAGGCCCAUCACCGGCUGAUGUGUUGGCGCCAGGCCUGUGACACCCAGAAACCAGAGUCUCUGCGACGACACCACUCAAUGAUGGCACACUCCCUCCUGCCACUGGCAGAGAAGCAGCGACGCGUCCAGCGCAACCUGCGUCGGCUACAGGGCCUGGGGCUGGUCAGGGCCGGUGACUGCUACCAGGGACUGGUGGAUGAGCUGGCCAAGGACAUCUGCAACCAGCGCAGGCACCGGCAACGGCGGAAGGCAGAGAUGCUGAGACUUCGGGCCACACUGCAGGGCCUAGAUGCAAAAACCACCUUCUAUGAGGAACAGGGCGACUACUACAACCAGUACAUCCAGGCCUGCCUUGACCACCUGGCCCCCAAAGCCAACAGGAGUUCUGGAAAGGGGAAGAAGCAGCCGUGUCUUCAUUACACAGCCGCCCAGCUGCUGGAAAAGGGCGUCUUGGUGGAAAUUGAAGACCUCCCUGUCUCUCACUUCAGGAAUGUCAUCUUUGACAUCACGCCCGGAGAUGAGGCAGGAAGGUUUGCUGUAAAUGCCAAGUUCCUGGGUGUGGACAUGGAGCAAUUUCAGCUCCACUACCAGGACCUCUUGCAGCUGCAGUAUGAGGGUGUGGCUGUCAUGAAGCUCUUUAACAAAGCCAAAGUCAAUGUCAAUCUUCUCAUCUUCCUCCUCAACAAGAAGUUCCUUCGGAAGUGAUGCUGCCUGGCCCCGGCCUCUUAGCUGACUGGCUACUGUGCUUUAACCGGUUGUGCUCCCUGCAGACCAGGCUCAGGCCUGCCCAUGACUCACAAUUCUCGACCCUUACUGCCCAAGAGGAAUUGUCCUACUUGGCUACAAACACUGGUGUUUCUACCCAGCUGAAGUGAGCCUUUGGCUUUUCCCACACAUCUGGCCCCAUCCCCGUGAACCAGGAACCUGCACUCAUUCCCGGAAGGGCUCACAGUUGGUCACCCCAUUAUUUGAAAGUACUUGCAGCACUACCCAACAGCCUAUCUCCCUUUCUUUCCACAGACUUCCAAAUCCAGGGCCAGACUGUCUGCCCGACCUCCCCUUAAAAAGCAAGUCCUGGGCAUUGCUGUCCCCUGCAGCCCAGGGUCCUCUGUGCUGUGCCCUCAACAGCCUCCAGCCUUUCACCACGGCCCAGCAAUAACGUGGGUGCAGCAUUUGCUGACGUCCUCCAUGGCAGCCGGAUACACACCUCAAAUCUCAUUCCUUCAUUUAUGGUCUGUUUCUCAUGUGUGUCAGUGGGGUAUUUAUUCUAGCCUGAUUGUUGUGUAGCCUUAAUUUUAAUUGGUUUUAAUUCUCACUUUUGAACUCAAAGAGUUCUCGUUCCCCCCCUUCAAAUUUCCUCUCCCUUAUAUUCAAGUCUCUUGGGGUUGGAGCAGGGAGGCUCCUGGCUCCAGCUGAAGAGUCAUUGUCUCAGCUUUCCACAGGACAAAAAGCUGUCUUGCCAUUCUCCUUGUCACCACAGAGCUGUCUUCCAGGUGGUUCCCAUAGAACUGCAGGCUCGCCUCUGCCACUCUGUGUCCACCCCACACCUCCCAGCUUCUUGCCCUCUCUGCCCUCUAGAUUUCCUCUCAAUAAAGCCCACUGAAAACCCA